ACAAAACCGAUAAUUCUAAGAUGAUUUAUCCACUUUGCAAAGUCUAAAAGCAAUAAGCUAAACCUACAAUAACAAAGAUUCGAUGAUAAUUUUUUGUUCGUCUUUGAUUUGACAUAUGUCAUUUUAUAUGACUUUGGGGACAAUAGAUUUGACAGCUCCAGUGAUACUUUUUUGUAUCAAUGUAUCCAAAAUCUUGUAUUUUUAAAUUUCUUUAUUUAUAGUUAUAAGUGUUGCUUGAUUAGCUGUGGUUUAGGCAAGGUAGAGAACUGUGUGUGUUGUUGUAAACCAGGAGAAGGUUAACCCAUUUUGAUUUUGUCAAGUUUCUGUGUGUGUGAAAAUACCAAGAAAAACAUGUCACGACCAGAAUCUCUGAGCAGGUUGACACUGGCAUUUGAGGAGUUUAAAAUUGACCGCAGUCAAAUGGUUCUUAACUUUUCACAAGAAACCAAAUUUCCAGUGAAGGAGAAACUUCCUUCUCCUAACAAACAUGAGCAUUGUUCCCAUAAUGUAGUUCAUAUGUUACAGAAAACUUCAGGUACAUUGAGCAUAGGUGAUGAGAUAUAUGAAUAUUCAGCUGAAGAUUUAUUUGAUCUUGGUGAGUUAGGUCGUGGAAAUUUUGGCACAGUGAAUAAAAUGGUGCAUAAAGAAAGCAAAACAGAAAUGGCAGUCAAGAGAAUUCGAGCCACCAUUGAUGAACGAGAGCAAAAACAGUUGUUAAAAGAAUUAGAUAUUGUUAUGAAUACAGCUGAUUGUCCUUUUAUAGUGCAGUUUUAUGGCGCCAUUUUUAACGAGGGUGAUUGUUGGAUUUGUAUGGAGCUAAUGACGACCUCUGUUGAUAAGACAUACAAAGCUAUACAUAAGAAACUAUUUCAAAAAUUUCCAGAAGAAAUCCUUGGAAAAAUUGCUUAUUGUGUUAUAAAAGCUCUGGAUUACUUAAAAACAAAUUUGAAUAUUAUUCAUAGAGAUAUCAAACCUUCGAACAUGUUACUUGACGAAGAAGGUAGAAUUAAAUUAUGUGAUUUUGGUAUCAGUGGCCAACUUGUUGACUCGAUUGCAAGAACGCGAGAUGCUGGUUGUCAACCAUACAUGGCACCUGAACGAAUUGAUCCCCUAGCUGCACGUGGUGGAUAUGAUGUCACGUCCGACGUCUGGUCACUCGGGCUCACCUUAAUUGAGAUUGUGACAGGCAAAUUUCCAUAUCCUAUCUGGAAGACUGUCUUUGAUCAACUGUCACAAGUAGUUCGUGGUGAUCCCCCACAGCUGGUUAGCACUCCUGAUCAGAUUUUCUCGAACGACUGUUUACAUUGCGUCAACAGCUGUAUGAUCAAAGAUUACAAUCUGCGUCCAAAGUAUCCAGAAUUACUGCAACAUCCAUUCAUUAAAAAGUACAGUCAUGAUAACAACGUCAAGAAAUGGUUUCAGGAUAUUCUCAGACAAGUUCCAAACAUUACAGCAUUGGACAUUGAAACUGAAGCCAGUUGAAAGUGAGAAACGUAUGAGAUGCAAGAAGGAGUCGACAAACUGCAUUGUAACGUAAGCACGAUUGGGUGGCGAUAUAUACGCCCUUUGCACUCACUUUUAUAUGGGCUGACUUGACUUUGAUAUGUGUUAACCCUAUUCGGGCUGGCGAAAGAGGGUGCGACUAAAAGCCUUAUAUUGCAUGACACAAUUCUUUUAUUCUCAACUGUAUUCCAAUAAUCUUACAUUUUUGUACCAAUUUUUUCACAAUAAGAUGUCACUUUUAUUAGCUUGGGAGGGUGCCUGUUUAAGUCCUCAAAAUUGCUGGUUGAAUAGGGUUAAGGGAAGAAAAAACAAAGUGAUAUUUUAUUGUUUCAUACUUGCGUCGUGUUGGGUUUUUUUAGAAAAUUUGCUAUAGGAUAGUAUGUGUUCACUGUUGUAGUGAAAUAAAAUUUCACGAUUUUUUUUUUCUUCGUAUAAUAGGGGAUUUUAUUGUAAAUUUGUCAUCUGUUAAAAAUUUUUAUAGCGUUAAGAUUUGGCGUCAGAUUACUGCGCAUUGAUUUUUUGUGUGUGAGGAAUAUUUUUUGUAUGGUUAGACUCACAAAUGAAAAGGACGUUUAACGGAGUGACUUUGUCGCGCCUUUAUAAGAAGAAUAGCGCAUCGAAAUGGCAACGGUUGGAUUCAGUGUUUGGGAGUCCCUUCGUUGUACAUCUUGUCUGUAUUUAGCGUAUACAUUUCAAUUUGCACGUCUGCACAAUUAAUAUGCUUAUUUUUAAACGUCCUUUUUUAAGUCGAACAAUCGAGUAAAAACUGUUCGGCCGAAUUAAAAAUAAGCCAAUCAGAAUUCUAUUUAAUUUUGUUGCCAGGCAAUUGAAAUGAUAAAUGUGUAAUGAGCGGUAAAAAGUCCAUUUGUUUACAUUUGUCAUUCUUAAACCUUUUCAGGUAUUUUUCUGAGUGAAAACUUUUUAAAGGUUAUAGGUUCAUAUGUUGUAAUUGAUGCUAAAAAAAUAUACCAUCUCCAGCACA